AUGUCCAGCGCCGCCGUCAUGCCCUCGAGUUCCUCAUCCGGACCGCUCACGAGGAGGCCCACCACUGGCAGCCGCCGUGCCAUCCUUGCCGGCAUCGAUGCCUCGGCCGCCCGCUUCGGCAACCCCAUCCAGGAUCAGGACAGCCACGCCCACCCCGUUCCCAUCUCCAACACCGACGCCCUCUUGCGCUCCCGCAAGGCGUCUGACGCCUCCAGCAACGCACCGAACUCCAACCAGACGCCCGCCUAUCCUCGUUCUAAAUCCUCGUCGUCGCUGUCUCAGCCCAAGCCCACCUCAAAGGCACCCUCCAUCUCCUCGCAGCGCUCGCCCUCCAAGGGCGCCACCCGCGACAGGUCCAUCAGAGCCUCUAGCUCGCCCCCAGAGGAUGGCGCGUACCGCUCCGACAGCCUCCUAGCGCCUCCGGAUUCCAGUGGUCGCAGCUGGAGGAGCGGCGGCGGCAUGAGCAUUCGCCGCAGGCCUUCCAACCUCUCCCAAAAUUCCCUCAGCCAGGAUCCGGACCAGUCUGCUGCCGCCGACGACAAUCGCUCCAUCUCCUCUCGCAGGUCGUCCAAAGGAUCUGGCUUCUCGAACCUCUUGCGCAGGCGCAGCCGCACUGCCUCCGCUAGCAACGGCUCCCCUUCGGACGAAGCUGGCAUCGCCUCUGCUGCCGGAUCGGACGCAGCUCCUGCACCUUCCCGGCUCAGGACCUUUAGCGGCACGGCGCGCAGGAUGAGCCUCAAGCUCGACACGCGCAAGAGGACCCCAAGCGUGUCUUCGCUCUUUGGCCCCGACAAGACUGGGAACGCCAGCCCAGAGAGCGCCGACCUUCCUCCCCCUGUCCCAGCUCUGCCCGAGGCCCUGCGAGCUUCUGGGGGACCAGUUCGGAGCAACGAAGAGGGCAACACGGCUACGUCCGAGGGGUACAAGACCGUGCAGUCCCCCGAUGGCGGCUCCUACUCAGCCUCCCCUCGCUCGCGCAGGUACAUGCGGCAGCGUACAUCGCCAUCUCCUGCUCAAGAAGCGCCGGGGACCGGCUUCAUCGAUCCCUUUGCCAAGGCCGACGGCACGCUCGCACGCGCUCGAAGCAAGAGUCAGGGCAAGAGCGACGGAGCUUCCCUGGGCCGUCGGCAAGGUAGCGCUGACUCGACGUCCAAGAACGGAGCUAAGGCUGAUGCGCCGGUGUCGGAUGACGGCAGCGAGGAGAGCGAUGCGCCUCAGCCGGCGAUAAAUGAUUCCCUCGUUGGAUCGGCCGUAGCGGCAGCCUCGUCGGCUGCCGCGGGGGUGGUCGGCGCCGCCGGCACGCUCCUUGCGAAAUCCAACGGUGAUGCCAGCGCUGACCAAGGCGAUGCCCAACACUCGCACAUCUACAGCGACGAGUCCUCGGACGAAGAGUUCUACGACGCCGAGCUCGCCAACAUCACCGAAGGCAGCGAGGAAGAAGAGGAUCUCGAGGAUGACGAUGGUCAGAGUGCAGAGGAUCAGGGCGCCGUGGCCGGUCGCGAGCACAAGCAAGCCAAGAACGCCGCGCUAGCGUCUCCCAGAAAGGGCAAGGGCAGUGGCCAGGUCGGGAACAUUGCCGGAUCGAGCUACAAGCCGCGCGGUACCGCUUCUGCUUCCCGACGGGCCGGCGCUGCGACGGCGACGGCCGGCGCCGAGCAGGUCAUGACCCCCGCCGACGCCAAGGCCAACGGCGAUAUCCCUCGGCACGUACGGGACAAGGCCGCUCGGGUCGCACAGCUCGGCGUAAACGACGUCAAGCUCACCGCGGAAGAGCUCAGGGGAGACGUCGAAGUGGCGCGCAAAGCGCUGCACCUCUUCCUCAACUCGCGCAUGAUCGAGGCCGAGGAGAUCGUCGCCGAACACGCCGACACCAGGCUCUACUACGCCCUCGGCUACGCCAUUAUUGCUACAAUCAAAGGCUUCAUGACGUUUGAGCCUACCGAUCUCGCCAGCGCCAUCUCGCUCUGCAAGGAUUCCCUCAUCAUCGCCAACAUGCUGCGCAAGCCCUCGAGCUCGGUCGCCAACUUCGGUCGCUUUGUCCGCGGAACCGGCCAGUCACCCUCGACGCUCGCAGGCAUGGACACGGUGCAGAAGCACGCCGAACUGGUGUACGCAGAGUCGCUGCUGCUCAAGGCGGUGCUCGGCAUUGUCUACGCUGGCGACUUUUUCGCGUUUGUCUCCGAGGCCCUCAAUAUGCGGAACGCCUACGGCAUCUACCGCAGCCUGACAAAGUACCUCGAGUGGGCCGACGAAAAGGGAGCAACCGAGGGCAUCGACGAGGACUUCCGCUCCGGCGUCUACCUCGGCAGUGGCCUGAUCAGCAUGAUCCUCGGCCUCCUCCCGGGCAAGGUCCUCAAGAUCAUGGAGGUCUUUGGCUACACGGGAGAUUGCAAAUGGGCACUAAAGACGCUCAGCAAGGCCGGCGGCUGGAGCAUGGACGCUGGCGUCAAGAGGCCGACGAUGCCCCAGAGCGAAGAGGGCGUCCGCCGUCAGAUCUGCGACAUGGGCCUGCUCCUCUACCACCUCGUCAUCUCCACCUUUAUCCCCGUCAACGGCGUCGACAUUGGCUUCGCCGACAAGGUGCUGCACUACAACCUCAAGAGGUACCCGGACGGCGUCUUCUUUCUCUACUUUUCCGGGCGCCUCUACUCGACGCAGGCGCUCUCGGAAAAGGCCGUCAAGCAGUUCGAGACGGCGCGCGACGUGCAAAAAGAGUACGUCCAGCUCAAGCACAUCUGCGUUUGGGACCUGGCCCUCUGCCACAUGUCCCUCUGCGAGUGGCAGCAGGCCUACGAGAACUUCAAGAUCAUGGCCGAGGAGAACAACUGGAGCAAGGCCGUCUACAACUAUGGCCGCGCCGCCACGCUCUACGAGAGCGCCCAGGGCCAGGACGCCUCCAAACUCGAGGAUGCCGCCGAACUCUUUGGCAAGGUGCCAGGCCUCACACAGAAGAUCGCUGGCAAGUCGAUUCCGAUGGAAAAGUUUGUCGCCCGCAAGGCGAAAAAGUUCAACGCGUACAACCGCCUUCUGCUCCCCGGGCUCGAGUUCAGCUACGUCUAUCACUGCCUCUCCAACGCACCCCGCUUUGUCCUGGCUGACGACGCGCUCGUCUUGGUGAGCGAUGCGCUCGCCGAGCUGCACGACGUCGAAGACCCCUCGCGCUAUUACUCAGGAGAGGAAUACUACGACGACCUCGCCCUGGCCCACUUCCUCCGCGGCGUCUGCCUCAAGUUCAUCGCGUACCCCGAGAAGCACAGCAAGGUCCGGCCGCAGGAGAGUCCUAUCCCCGAGGACGAGGCGGCCGAGCAGGCCGAGAUGAGCUUCAAGACCGUCCUCGAACACGGCGCCAAGCUCAGAUUGGACCACUGGCUAGUCUACUUUGCCCACUACGAGCUCGGCCGCCUCUACGCCGGCAUGGGUCGCACCGCCGACGCCAAGGAGCAGCUCAACCUCGUCCUUUCGCAAAAGACCCUCGAGGAUCGGGGUCGCAAGGGCAAGUACAGCCUUCAAAACAUGGUUCACCUCCGAGCCAACGGUGCGCUCAACGCCCUCGAGGGCAAGUGA